AUGCCGUCAUGGCUUCGAACAUACAACAUCUCGAUAUGCAGUCGCUUCUUGAUGGGGAGACACUUUGCGGAACUUCUACCUCCUACAGCUGCCUUUCCGGAUGUUGGUGGAGUUGUUGACCUAAUCGAAGUCAUUCGAAUCCAGUCAUCUGGACCUACAGAAGCCGCUAGAGCUCUGCGAAAGAAGCUCAAAUACGGCAAUGUUCAUCGGCAGUUACGCGCGUUGGUAAUCAUGGACUCUUUGAUCCAGAACGCGGGGCCUAGGUUUCAAAAGGCUUUUGCAGAUGAACCACUCCUAGAGAGAUUGCGAAUCUUGGCCAGGGAUGAUACGGUAGAUGCAGAAGUGCGACAGAAAGCUAACGUUUUGUUUCGAGGAUGGGCUGUGGCGUACAAGGGAACGCCUGGACUCGAACGUAUAGCAGCACUGCACAAAGAACUGCCGCGCACAAAACGUCCUCAACCACAACAAUCUCGAAUUGUCAGACAGCAAGAUGCCGAGGCUGCACGUGAGCGCGAGGAGCAUUCAACUUCUCCUCCUAGGAACAGGCGGCCGGAACCGCCAGCAUCAAGAUCAUCGAACCCUGUGUCACUCGGCUCCACCUCUACCUCUACCUCAAUCUUCAAGAGGGACAAGAAAGACAAGAAGAAGACCAAGGGACAGCCGUUCAAUCUUGAAAGGGAGAAGGGUCAAAUGUUGGAGACGAUAGCGUCGGCCAAUGUUGCUAGCACCAACUUACUAAACGGUUUACAACUCAUCAACCGUGAACAAGAACGUGUUAGCGAGAACCCAGAAGUCAUGCGACGCUUUGAGACGUGCAAGCAACUUCGUCGCCAGAUCCUACGUUACAUCCACUUGGUAGAGUCGGAGCAGUACAUUGGUGGCCUCCUCAACGCCAACGAUGAGCUGGUCAAGGGUUUGAUGGCAUUCGAACUCAUGGACAAGAGCAUCGAUGACGACAGUGAUAGUGACAACGAGGAAGGCAACGUGGCAGCAAGUAUGGCUGGUAUGAGUAUGAACGAGGCUGCGCCCCCGAAACCCCCAAGGCCGACGAGCAUCCCUAUGCCCUCUGCGUAUUCUGGUAAACAGCGUGCUGAGCCAGAAAGUGAGCCAGAGGAGGACGAGGAUGAUCCAUUCGGGGACAGCAAUGCUAUCAAAACACCGUUCGGCGAGAAGACCCAGCCAACUUGGAGAGACGUCUAG